UUCCAUUCACUGCUCCUGGCCUAGUUUUGCAUGAAAACGCAAUCAAAACAUAUUCAUGCUGCGUUCCACCUGCAGCAAUAAUGCUCGACUCGUCACCUGAGGAUGAGGACUUCCCCGGACGUCUUCUACAUCAGGCUGCAUUAUGGGACAACACUGAACUCCUAGAAGAUCUCUUAGCUGGUGGUCAAUUACCUUUUAUUAAUUCUCAAGAUAGUUGGGGAAGAACUCCACUGCAUGCAGCAGCAAUCUCAGAAAAUUCUGAAUGUAUAGAAAUCCUGGUGCAAGCUGGUGCAGAUACAAACAUCCAAUGUGGCCCAAGAGGUGAAAACAAAACACCUCUGCAUAUGUGUGCUGAACAUGGACAUCUUAGUAAUGUUCAGAUUCUUCUUCAACAUGGUGCGAGCAUCCUGGAAAGAGAUAGCAAUGGCAUGACACCAAGUGAUUUGGCUGAUAAGGCAGGACAUACUGAGUGUAUUAUCCUUCUGAGGGAAGCUGCAGAUGCACGGGAAAAAGCCAGGCUGGACGUGCACGCCGCGCUCCGGGAUGCGUCAAACAAGAGCGACGCGAAAGCGCUCGCCGAACUCUUGCAAACGCUCUCCAAAGAUGCCGAACUGAUAAUAAACAUGGCCCCGAGUGGGGCCAACACACUUUUGUACACUGCGUGUCAAAUAGGAAAUAAAGAUGUAGUUAAAAUACUCUUAGAAAGCGGUGCAGACGGUCGUUACCAUCCUGUCACAAAAUAUUCUCCGCUUUACAUCGCGUGCAAUCAUGGCCAUCUUGAAAUCGUCGAGAUAUUGCUGCAAAAGUUUCCGGAACUUGUGCAGCACCAUACCGUCGAAAAAUGGCUGCCCAUCCAUGCGGCGACCAUUAAUGGCCACGUGCAUGUUUUAGAACUACUUUUGAACUUUACCUACCCGGAAAUGCUUAUGAAAAAAUACAAGGAUUCGACACGACAAUGGGAGUAUUAUAUGCCUUUCGACAUCAACGAACGCGAUGCAAGCGGGCAGAACAUCCUGUACAUGGCAUGUUUGCACGGCAAUAAAAAGAUUCUGAACGCGAUUCUCAAGUUCAAAGUAAAAGCGAAUCGAAUCAAGGGGGAUGAGGACGCAACGCCAAGUUCCGAAAAUAGCAGAUCACUGAUCAGCCCGACGAAGCGUCGUGUUUCGAACGGCAUACACGCCAUCCUCACCAAGUUGAAUUUGUCAUCGGAGAGUCACGAACAACAAAAUAACGACCCUGACAUCUGUAACAUUUCACCUUUGCGCAUCGACAUGUAUUGCAACAACAAUACAGAGACUGCUCUGCAUUCAGCCGUGAAGGGAAAGCAGUAUGAUAUUGCUUUGAGUUUAUUGGAUGCGGGUGCUAAUCCCAAUAUGAUUAUCAAAGCAUAUUUGGAUUAUAAUGAGGGUAUAAGUUGUUGUUCAAUUGAAGAUGACUUAAGUUCAGGACAAUCAACAGCCUUAAUGGAAGCAUGUAAAAACCGCGAUGGUCCACUUGUUGAUCUCUUGUUGCGCUGCGGAGCAAGAGAUGAUGAAUGCAAGGCUUUGGCAGUGGUGGUUCAAAACAAAGACGAAGUUCUCACUGCUAAACUUUUAUCAACCAAAGCGCAUCCUGAUUCCGAAUAUAAAAUAAACAAGAAAGCAAUGACGGAGAACAUUCACUCCUCGCAGUUUUCGAUAUUUUCGAACGUUACGAAUCUAACUUAUAGCGCAAUAUUCCCCAAUACGCCCACAAUGAUUAACUGGCAUAAUCAGCGCUGUCAUCUUAAGCAAAUCCGCACGCAAUGGCUUGCGGAUGCUGCGUUGCAUUUAAAUGGGAAGUUAAAAGCCAAUCCGAGGUGUUCUGAAGUUGCACUUUAUGCGAUAACACGGCUUGAUAUUUCUAAUAAUUCACUGACGUCGGUACCGCUCUCGGUGUUUCAACUUUACAGCGUACGAUUUCUGAAUAUCUCGCAGAAUAAAAUUGAGAAACUUCCACCACCGCCGGAACAUCCGGAUAAAAAACUACACCGCAGUAAAAAGAGUCAAAAAACAGAGGCGAAUUAUCAGUGUCCUGUGUUAGAAGAACUCUAUCUUCAGGAUAACAGACUGGAUCACAUACCGGAGGCCAUUUUCCGACUUCCGAGUUUGGUCACACUGGUUGUAUCAAAUAAUAAACUGCAACAGUUGAGUUUUAAUAUGUGGACGGCGCCGAAACUGAAAGAACUCAAUGCGAGUUUUAAUUUGUUGAAUAAGUUGCCUUCAAAUCCAAAUGAUAAUAUCAAAGACGAUUGUGAUAGAAUGAGUAUUAGUUCAAGUGAUAGUCAGUUGUCCAUUCACGCUGAAGUGGAUCUAGAAACCGAAAUACAUUCCGACACGGAUGUGGAGAAUGAGGAUGGUAAACAACCAGUGCGAUACCGGAAAAAAGAUCGUUCUCUUAUUCAAUUGGAUAUGACAAAACAUCACAUUUGGAAUAAAACCGUCGAAGUCACGGAGCAAAUCAUGCACAACGAUGAAUCCGUCACCGAUAAAGCAUCGCAACUUUCCUCCUUGAAUUUAGCGCAUAAUUUAUUCUCUAGCAUACCCGUUGUGUUGCCCUGUUUGGCUGUGAAUUUAACUCGCUUGAAUAUGGCAUUUAACUCCUUGCGUUCCAUGUCGCACAUUACGAGUUAUCCCAGUUCGUUGAAACAACUUGACUUAAGUCACAAUCAGAUCAGUGUGUGGCCCAGUUUGCCACAGGUUGAAGCCCAAGAUGAAAUGGAGUUGGCGAAUUUGGCUUGUUAUUCCAAUUCUUGUUGUAAGGAUAAAUUACCUGUGAUGGCAAGGAGGCAGAGUGGUCGUUCUGUGCGAAAUAUUGUCCUGCACACUGUUUGUUCACAUCGAAGGCAUUUACGACUAGAUAAUCUUCGAACUUUGAUCUUGACCGAUAAUCAAUUGCACAGGAUUCAACUCACAACGGACGAUGAUGGAGAUUUUAGCAACAUCGAAGAUGAUGAAGAUAGAGUAAGUUACAAAUGCAUGAAAAGGUCACAAAUGAUAAAUGAAAGACAAUUUCAGACGUUAAUUUCCGGUAAACAACGUUUGAUGUUUCCAAAUUUAUCCAUGUUGGAUAUUAGCAAUAACAACUUGCGCGAAAUCCCUGCGAAUAUCUACGAACUAAACAAUUUAUCCUGUUUGAACAUUAGCGGGAAUCUAGAUGUAAACGAACUGCCACCGCAGAUGGGUUUGCUCUCUCGGCUAUGGAACUUGAACACGCGCGGGUGCUCCCUUCAGGAGCCGCUGAAAUCUAUGAUAGAGAGUAAAAAGUACAAAACAAUGGAUAUUAUCGGAUAUCUGAAGUCUGUUUUGGAGGAUGCGCGGCCCUACGCGCGCAUGAAACUUAUGAUUGUGGGAAUACAAGGAAUUGGUAAGACAAGUCUACUUGAAGCCCUCAGACAGGAAGGAAUCAGUCGUAAGAAACCGGAACAUUGGGCAAAACGAAUGGGCAACAAAAACAUUAAUGUGAAAACAUCACGUGGUACCAACAUGUCCACUGUUGGCGUGGAUAUUGGUGACUGGGUGUACGAAAAGAAGAUUCGUAAUCAAUCCUCGCAUGGGCCCGUCAUUUUCCGCACGUGGGACUUUGGCGGCCAGAAAGAAUACUACGCCACGCAUCAAUACUUCCUCUCUAAACGUAGUUUAUAUCUAGUUGUGUGGAAAAUAAGUGAUGGUUAUCGUGGUCUGAAUGAAAUUCUGCAAUGGUUAGUGAAUAUUCAAGCACGUGCGCCAAAUUCACCGGUUCUGAUUGUCGGCUCGCACUACGAUGUUGUGCAGGACGCGAAUCCGAACAUUUGCGAGGAGUAUCAACAAGUUAUACGCGAACGAUUUAUAAACGUGGUUGAUGCUGAAAAGUGCGGGUUGCCUCGCGUGCUCGACACAAUAGAGAUCAGUUGCAAAACGAGGCAUAAUAUCAAAUUAUUGUGUAAUUUAAUUUAUGACACCGUCUUCAGUCUAAGACCACCUGGGAGUAAAGAAUUGCUUUUGGAGCAAAAGGUACCCGCGACUUAUCUUGCGUUAGAAGACGUUGUUAAUUACGUUGCAGCGGAAAGACGCUCGGCGAAUUUGGACCCAGUUUUGACCGCGGAGCAGUACAAAAGUAUUGUAACAACCGAAAUGAUGACGCGGUACAAUCGGACGUUUCGUGAUGCUGGAGAAUUGCAUCAAGCGACACUCUUUCUGCAUGAUAAUGGUGUUUUGUUGCAUUAUGACGACGCAACGUUGAAAGAUUUAUACUUUCUGGAUCCGCAAUGGUUGUGUGAUAUGUUGGCACAUGUUGUGACCAUUCGAGAGAUUAAUCCAUUCGCACGCAGUGGUAUAAUGAAAUUGGAUGACUUGAAACACAUCUUCAAAGCAAGCAACAUUGGUCCAAUGGAUACCCGAGGGUACAUCGUCAAUUUAUUAAACAAAUUCGAAGUGGCUCUCACUUGGGAUUCUCGAACUUUAUUGAUACCGUCCCUGUUACCAUCAGAGGAAGAUAUUCACAACGCCCAAAUGUAUCCGGGACAGUUUCACCCCAUGGUAAAAGUGAAGGUACCACUUAGAUCUAGAGGUUGGGCAGUCCGUAGUAAGAAAAUAACUGUCUCAGCUAAGUCCAUGUUGUACCGGGAUAGUAGCGCACCUGGUAGAUUUGAAAUGAGUCUGCCUUCUUCCAAGUCAUCAAUAGAAGAACCCGCGGACUUGAUCAAGUAUCAAAUACUCAACAGACCAUCGAAUAAAUCUAUUACAAGAUUGUUAUUAAUGUCUUACUUUCCAUCUGGGUUUUGGUCUCGGUUAAUGUCACGCAUUUUGGCAGAUGAUACAAUAAUCGAUAUUAUUCGAUCGUUCUUUAUAUUUCCGAAAGAAGUCGCACAAGAUUCCGAGCUGGUAAAGUUGUUGGACUUUAAAGCCGAGUGGGUAUUGUGGCAAACGGGCCUACAACUAAAGUAUGGCGACAUGACCCUGUUUCGCCUGCGAGAAGUAUUAUACAACUCUGCCGCGUAUUACAGACAACUCAAGUUUAAACUGAAACAAGAUGGCGUCUGGUGCGAAGUGGACAUGCAGAAUACUUCAAUACUAGAAGUUUACUUUCCAGUGGAGUCGCUGGUGAUCAAACCGAAUUUAAUGGAAGAUUCUGAUUUGAAGACGUUUAAGAUUAAGGAGGAUUUUAUUAUUGAAUGCAUUCCGGAAGCGACCGCGCAAUUAUUGGCGCUCGCUGUUGAUCAUAUUGAUAUUUUAUUAGAGGAUUGGUAUCCGACAUUGGGGACACGUUUCGUGCACACGUCGGAGGGGAAAUUUUUGAUAACUAGAUUGGUUCCGUGUCCUAAUUGUCUCGCAGCUAGUGCGGAUGUUGAAGAAAAGAUUAUGAACUUCCCCGGUGAGCAAUCUACAAACCAGGAAGAUGACGACGCAAAUUAUAAUCAAAUACGAAUCCGGAAGUCUCAGGAGAGUUACACGUCUGAGUGUGAUAGUGGGGUAGGACCAGAUUCACCAGGAUCCAGUCCAAUGCCAACUGUAGAAGGACAUCCAAGCGUUAAACUGGAUGAGGAAAACGCUGGUCAACCGUUAUAUUACAGUUGGAUGGUUGAAGAGUGUAUUUUGGCAGCGUACAGCACCAAAACAAUCAAUUGUCCGAGUCAUGGCAAUAUUAAACUCACACAAAUAGCGCCUGACACUAUAUUUGCGGAUCUUGGCGAUCGAUACCUGAUAAAACCGGAAAAUAUCAAGAAGGGACGUUUGUUGGGACGCGGAGCAUUUGGUUUUGUAUUUAAAGGAACUUGUAAGAAUAGAGGAAGUAAUUCGAUAAUAGACGUUGCGAUGAAAAUGUUGCAACCAGUUCAGCCGGGACCCAACGCGAGACAGUCGGCCAUUAUAGCGUAUAAAGCAGCGCAAGGGAAAUGGGAUCGUGAUCCUUUGCAGUACGCAUGCAAGGCGUAUUGCACAGCGAGGCAAGAGUUGAAUAUUUUACUGUCGCUAAGACAUCCAAAUAUUGUUCCGUUUGUCGGCGUUUGUACUAGUCCUUUAGCGUUAGUUUUGGAUUUAGCUCCACAGGGCGCAUUAGAUAUAGUUCUGCGCCAUUAUAGAAGAUCCGGUGCUAAAGUUGGUGUUUAUACUCUACAAGCAGUCAUUUUACAGGUUGCAAAGGCUAUUGAAUAUUUACAUCGUCAACAUAUUAUUUAUCGUGAUUUGAAGUCUGAGAAUGUUCUGGUGUGGGAAAUGCCACCUCCCUUUGUAGACUCCCCUGAUCAGAGUGUGCAUAUCAAAGUAGCUGACUAUGGUAUAAGUAGACAGACUCUACCAUCAGGUACAAAAGGAUUUGGUGGGACUGAGGGUUUCAUGGCACCGGAAAUAAUGCGCUACAACGGCGAAGAGGAAUACACCGAGAAAGUGGAUUGUUUUUCGUUCGGCAUGUUCCUCUAUGAGUUAUUGACUCUUCAUCAGCCUUUUGAGGGACAUGAGUCAGUUAAGGAGUGCAUUUUGGAAGGAGGACGGCCACCACUUACUUACAGAGAGACAUUAUAUCCAAGUUAUUUCUUGGAUUUAAUGGUGCUAUGUUGGUCCCAACAACCAAAGGAUCGUCCCUCGGCAAGUCAAAUCGUUUCCAUGGCGAGUGCGCCUGAAUUUACGCAUUUGUGUGAUAUUAUGUCUUUGAAACAUCAUGCCCCCGUUGUUGCAUCGACUAGUGCUCCUAUUUUACAUAUUACAGAGGAUGGCUUGUCUGGGUCUGAAAUGUGGUUGAUGUGUGCAAAUUCUCGAGUGGAUUUACUGCUGGCCGCUGAUCGAGGAUGGCUGCAGUAUCACACAAUGUCGCUACCAAUCAAACCCACAGCUUGUUGCACGGUGGGUCCAACGAUUUGGAUUGGGGACUAUGUUGGUCAACUUCAUGGCUACUCAGUAACUGAUGGUUACAAACUCUUCUCCUAUCAGUUGGAGACUGAGGACAAUGUUUCAGUUAAAGCAUUGACGUAUUUGCCUAGUUUGAAACGCGUUGCGUGUGCGAUGUCCAAUGGACGACUGUUUCUGCUACAUUCCGAAGCUAUUCCGAGGACGCCGUCAUCGGCAGAAGGAAGUUUUGUGAUGACUGAGCUUGGCGUCAGUAGCAAUAUUAAUUGUUUGUGUGCCACUUACAAGGAUAACGGAAAGAUAUGUGAAAUUUGGAGUGGCCAAUCAAUGGGUCAGAUCUCAGUAUAUACGAUCAAGGAUCAAGUGGUAGCCGGCCACGAGUUGCUGAAUCAUUACCAACCCCUGAUUGAGAAGGUGGAGGUGAUCAACUUGAUCUCAGCGGGCAACACAGUGUGGUCCUACGUUUACCCCGGUUGUAUUGUUUACCAAUGGGACCAAAAAACACGCACGAUCCUCAAUAAGCUGGACAGUUCGAAACUGGUACCGUGUUCGGAGAGUUUAAAGUCCAUCGCCAUCGAGGAACAUCUCAGUCCGACUAAUUGUCAGGUGACAAGUCUUGCGGUGUUGAAAGAUGAAUUGUACAUUGGUACCACCUGGGGUUGUGUAAUCAUUGCGGAGCGCGCUACCCUUCGACCCAUCACAAUCUUUCGACCGUACGAGGAGGAAGUGCGUGCGAUUGUUCCAUUGUGUAAGGUGAAGUGUGCCAAUGAUGGCCACGACGAUACACCUUUGAUAGCCACCAUUGGGCGCGGUUAUCGCAGCCUACCGUCGCGAUACAUCGAUGUGCCCACGGCUGUAGGUUUUUCUAAUGCAUUGCCGAGUCCAAUUGCAGCAACUUCGCCGUCUGUCAACACUAAACAGAACAUGUUUGUGCUACUAUGGCGUGCUGAACAUUGGAGCACAAUGUAAUCAAUUCUUUGUAGUCCUUUCAGAUGUUUGAUAAAUCGUUUUGAACUCUACAAUUUUUAAACGAUACACAUGUUUUAAGAAAUUGACUAUUUAAUAAUUAGGAUAAAAAUAUUGAUAAUAUUUCUGAUGUUUUAAGCUGUGAUUACGUUCUUGUCACAAUGUUAUUUUUAUAUGACGAUGAUUUGACUGUAUUUAUGAAAAAUCCAAAGAAAAAAUGAAUCAAUUAUAUAGGAAAGUGUGGUAUGUAAUGAUUCAAUUGUUAUUAUUUAAACAAUAAAUAUUAUGUAAGCGUUUAUAUAAGGAUAAA